GCAUCUUUCCAAACACUAAAUGUAGUACCAAUCCUCGCUGUCAUAGAAACACGCGUGCGAGCAUGGCAACGAUUAACGCUACACCGCAAGCUACCGAGGACUACAAGCGGUUGCAGCAGAUUGAGCAGAAAGUCAUAUCUUGCAUACAAAUCGCUGCUCAAGUCACAGAGCACUUCUCGCGCAUCGGGCGCACCUCAGAACUGGCAGGCCCGGUGCAGCAGCUGUGCUCCCAAUACAUGAGCACGAUUGCGGAGGCAUUGCAGCUUGUAAAGGACGGCGCAGAGGCAAGCACUACGGAGCACCGGUUAGAGCUACACGCCUACCAUGCACUCGCGCGGGCUCACAUCAACACGGAGAAGCUGCAGGUCAUGCGCAUGCACCUGCAGGAGAUGCAGGCAGAGCUGGAGGCGGCUGGGGUACCGGACCCAACAGCAGCCAACGGCGGUGGGGCGGCGGCGGCGGCGGCUGGCGAGGCGGCGACAGAGGCGGGGGCAGCGACUGGAGCGCCCAAUGCAGGGGCGGGGGCGGUGGGGCCUAGCGCUACGGUAGGCGCGCAACCGGGGCAAGUAGGCGGGACGGAACAGGCACAAGGGGGGUCCGAAGCAGUGGCAAUGGAAGAGUGAUAGUGGGCGAGGGGAGCCGGACUUAGACAAGGGAAUGGGUUGACACUGUUUGUAUCAUGGUCAGGAGAUAUGCUGAAAUGGGAAUGCGCAGUCUCUUGAUAAAUUCUAGUAUGCGUUUCACAAUGAACCGAGAGAAAAUAAGAUUGCUGGGCGGGAGUUGCUGCAACCCUACUGGCGGCAAGGCUACUGGCUGUUAACGAAUGAGGCAUGCAGCGGGUGACAAUGUGUGGGCCGCGCCAUGGCGCAAGCGCAGAUAUCUUCAGAGUGGAUUGGCCCCGGCACGAUCCUCAAUAGGAUUGGUGUAUGCGCCCAGGCAUCUGGAACACUUGCCGGUGUCUGGAGCGGCGGGAUAGCAGAAGGCAGAGUACGGUAGUGUCCAGCUCGCGUCUUUCGUGGUGUGUUUGUGCUCAAUGUCCGGAAGAGUACGGUAGCAUGGCAGCAGGGCCCCCUAGGUAACGAGCGGAAAACCCACCAAGAGUUUACUGGGAUGUUGGCGACUGGCGCGCAAGGCAUGGUGAGAUCUCCGCGGUGUGUCCUCCGAGUCUAGGGAGUGUCACACUUCCGCGCGUGAACAAUGCAGGGUGCCUAGUGACACGUGCCCCCUAGCCGCGGCACGGGAUGAGAGGCAAGGCUGGCGUAUUCAGGGCAUACAGUCUUGAGCUGGGUGCUACGUGGCUCAGUGUUCCCGCACCACAUGCUUUGGUCAUGACGAGGAUCGAGUCU